GCUGUCACCUGCUGUAGUCGGUAGGCACAAUGCUACUUCUUUCCGCACACGCUGAAGAUCGGUCUUACUGUCUACUCCGCUUCGAAGCAAGCAGCUGUACCGUCGCAGCGCCUUUCUUUUCACUUGUGCUGCUUUCGUCGUGUUAUUUACUGGUGUGGUCACUUGCCCGUUACGUGUCUUUCGCGUAUAUGUGUUCCUCUGCAAAAUCAGACGGGACACUGCGCCUCAACUUGCCGUCGACAUGCAAUAUCUGCCGACUGAUGCAAGGAUAGCAUUCCUCGUCAUCUCGACCAUAAUGACACUUACAAUGUUGGCUUACGUCAAGAUCCAAAUAUAUUUAAACGGGGAAGAUAUUAUGAAGCCCAAGCACCGAACUCCACCACCUGAAUUUGGUAGCAGGACCUUUGGGGAACACCGAUACGUGAACCUAAGUAAUAUCACCGUUCAUUACAUGACCAAGGGAUGCGAUGACGUCGACGGCACCCGCACCAUGUUACUCCUGUUACAUGGGUUCCCAGAUUUCUGGUUCGUCUGGAACAGGCAGAUACCACAGCUGAGCACUCACUUCUGCGUCGUCGUGCCAGACUUACGGGGUUGCGGCAACACUACACGGCCCACACAUCCUUCGGAGUACAUGAUAACGAAUCUUAUCGAAGACGCACGGGAAUUCAUCACAACUAUAAAUCCCAACAACUCGAGGCGGUUGGUUCUCGUCGGGCAUGGCUGGGGAGGCAUGAUCGGCUUCUGCUUAGUAACGCUGUACGAGAACAUAGUCCACCGCAUGAUCGUCAUCAACGGCUACCACCCGUUAGCCUUUGUUAAGCAGCUACAGCGAAGCCUCGUUCAGAUGAUGAUGUCCUGGUACACAGUCGCGUUCCGAGUUCCUGAUGUGCCGGAGCAGUAUAUGACCAUCAAAGACUUCGCAUUUUUCGACUACCUACUCUGGGAUUCUUCAACCGAGGAAGAAGUGAAUGCAACUAAGUACGUGUAUUCUAAGCCUGGUAAGCAAUUAUAUUUUUUCUUCCUCAUAAUUUUUUGCGAGAAGAAAAAGAACGUGACUGCUCAGAUAUCAGUUGCACUUUCAGCGCCCCUAUUUAUUCUUCGGUGAAUAUUCAUAGCCUGCAGAUCCAGGAACCCUUAUUAUAGCGCAUCCUAUGCGUUAUUACAUCAAAGUGUGAUUUGCAGUCCUUAGGUUUUCAUCAUC